AUACGCAGUUUAUAAAUGACCAUAGAAGUUAUUAGAUAUUGAGUUAAUAAAAUUCAAUCAAAUAAUUAUAUUUAGUGAAAAAAAAAACUAAUAAUCAUUCAUAUAUCAUUGAAAUAUUUUCUUUGUGUAUCAGUUCAUUACGGAUUAGUAUAAAACAAUAGAAAAUGUGUACUGUUGUAUUGAGGCUAACAUUAUUAUUGAUAAAUUCCUUAGUUGGACUAUCAGCAUUAAUAGUUUCAUCGUUUGGUGCAAUUUUAACUUGGGGCAGAGAUACUAUAACAAGAGAAUUGGAUGAUGUAAUUGGUCCAAUGAUUAAGAAAAUGUAUGGUGAAGAAGUAGCGCAAGAUUUCACAGAUAUGGCAUCUGGUAUCUUACAAUUAACAAGUCCAUUCGGUUUCCUUUUAUUCAUAUUAGGAUUAGUUUCCUUGGCUAUUUGUUUAUUCGGUUUUUGUGGAGCAUGUUGUAAGAGUAUUCUUUGCCUUAGAGUGUACAUUGGGUUACUUUUGGUACUGGUCAUUAUUGAGACUACUGCAAUGAGUUUUUAUUACACCGAUCGUGAAUCAAUAUUCAAGUUAGCUAGAAAAAUUGCUCAUAACUCUCUGAGAAAUUAUCGUUCAAUUGGUUCUAAUAAUACUGAUAGUAUAAUAUAUUCAGUUAUUAUGCCAACUCUAAAUUGUUGUGGAUUAAUGAAUGGAUCUGAUUUUGAUGAUUCACCUAACUUUCAAAGAAAAGUACUUUUUAAUGAACAAAAUUUCGAUUUGAAAUAUCCUAUUCCAUGUUGUAAAAUGGAUGCUAAAUUUGUCGUUCUUGAUCCAACAUGUCCGGGAGAAUUUAACAUUAAGAAUUCAAAUAUUCAUGAAGGUUGUUGGGUGAAACUACGACAGAUAAUUGGCUUCUAUGGUGGAAUGAUUGUGAUUUGUGGAUUAGUUGUAAUUUUAUUCCAAAUGAAUAGGAAAAAUAAUUUAAAGAACAAUGCCUCAUUAAAAAAUGUUAUUGAAGACGGGUAUACUGUCAAAGAUGCCGCAUUUCUUGUGAACUUGAAUUAUCAGACCGCUACAAAUGUUGACAAGUAAAAGACAGAAACGCCAUCAAUUAAGAAGAUUACAAGGGAAAUAAUUGAUUUUAUAGAAGAAUCAAUAGGAUUGAAUCCAUUCCUGACAAGCUUACAAAUUCAAAGAAAAAAGUACGAAAUGUAUUAUCUAUAAAUCUAUCCAUUGAAUCUAUAAGAAGGAUCAUUUAUAAGCUACAGAUUAUAUUUUAAAAAAGAUUUGGUAAGUGAAUUUAAUCAACCAAUAAUAAGUCUCAUACUCAAAUCAGUAAAUGAAUUAACCAUAAACGAUUUACAAAGGGAUUUGAGACAUUAUACGGUGAAAUUGAUUAAAGACAAUUGGUAAAGAAAACUUUAAUAAUAAUAGUAGCUGAAUUCUUGAGUCACUUAAAGCUAGACCACCAUUAAAAACCUGGAAGUACUAGACGACCGUUUCGUCCUGGUAUGGGACUCCUCAGUAGUACGCAUCCAUGAUCCCACCUCGCGAGAUUCGAACUCACGACCUAUUGAUUCCGCGCGCGUAGCUUAGUAUCUAGGCCACUGAGCUUGGCAUCCAACGGUGUUAAUUUCGAACUUCAAUCAAUCCACGAAAUUGCGCCAUCGUCUACUAUUGUCUUCAGUGAGUUACUAUCUCACAACAGACCUGGUUGAACACUACUGGUCACUACUUCUCACUAGAACUCCAGGAAACACCUUUUGAAGCCAUUCACUAGUGAGCAGAUGAUGAUUAUUAUCAGAAGGGGGUUUUGUGGAGAUUUUUACCAAUUUAAUAGUUGAAUUUAUGAGUCCAUUCAAGCUCAACCACCAUGGAAAACUUGGAAGCACCGGAAAUCCCCCUUCCGAUCUGAUAAAUUUAUAGGCUUUAAAUAAAGAUGGUUUGAAGUGAUCCUAAUUUGCAUUGCUGAGAAUUACUUACCUGAUGUUUCAGUUAGCAUAAGCUGAUGAAGAGGUGACCUAAACUAGGAAAAAACAAUUACUAGUAUAUUGUUAUACAUACCAUGAACAGUCGGGAAAAAUAUAUAAGAUGAUUAGUUAUUUUUUUAAAUGAAAUAUUUACAGUAUGUUGAAUGAACUGAACACAUGUUUUUCUGUCGACAUCAGUCAAGUCUUAUCAAUAUCUUGUUUGUAAAUACUAUUUAGUGCUAAAUAUUUUGGCAUUCAGUUGAUUAAGGUUAAUUAACGAAAAAUGUAUAAUUUUUUUAAUGUAAUUUAACAUGAAAGAAUGUCUUUAUAGAUCUCAAAGUGAAAUAGUACGUUGCUGGUCAGCGUUGUUUAGCGAGUUAGUUUUCUAUGGG